GACAGGCAUACAGUAGACCUACAUAUUUACAUUCUAAUGAUAAAGAUUCCAGGCCUAUUUAUAUAAAUACUAUAACACAUUGGCUAGUGUCAAGCUCUUGCUAAUUAUUUUGUGCAAUAUGAACGCUUUAUUGCAUUGCAGAAGAAGGAAUGAUCAGUAAGGUUAUACUAAGUUUCGGUUUCGAUUCACUCUCCAGCUUCCUCUCAACACAUCAUUUUCUCGUCAGAGUUCCGAACCAUAUGGAAAGAAUAUAACGUUGUUUAACGGGUUGAAGAAAUGAUGGAAUCGACCAUAACUAAACUUAUUUGUGCUAAUCAUGGAUCAAUGAACGUCGAUGAAUUAGAUGCGAAUUUUUACAGUGACUUGCAAGUCUCGGUGCGGGAUGUAAUUACGAAUAGAGCGACAUUUUGUUUUGUUGUUUUUAACGGAAAGCAAAGGGUGGUAGCCAAGACUGGACUUCGACUGUGCAAAUCCAACAAUUGCCAGGGAUGCCGAAAUUUACAUUUUUGUAAACGAUUCAUGCUUGGGGAUUGCCCAUUCAGUCGGAGAAGAGGAGGAUGUCGCUUCAACCAUGACAUGACCUCGGGGGAGAACAGCAGAAUCCUGAAAGAACACGGACUGGAGGAACUGAGCAAAUCUGAGCUGUGUACCCUGCUGCUUCAGAAUGAUGGCUUCCUCUUACCACCAGUGUGCCACAACUACAACAACGGCGUUGGAGAAUAUGGCAAAUGCCAGGAUGGCGAGACAUGCAAGAGGCUCCACAUCUGUGAGAUGUAUCUCAGGGGUAGCUGCAACUGUCCCAGGUGUCAUGAUUUCUACGAACCCCACCCAUUAAAAAUCCUGCAGGACAGAGGGGUGCCCAACGAGCUCAUUGCCUCCCUGAAGUCUGUGUACAUGAACAUCGAGUGGUUGCAAAAGCAAGACCGUGCCAUGCAAGGCAAGGGGCAACAUCAAAGAGCUAAAGAGGGUGCUGCAGAAACUCCAGCACCCCUAUUUCCCGCUCCUAUGCUCGCCAGACUCAGGGCGCUCCAACUCCAAGAGGUUGACCAUGAUACUGCUACUGCUGCCACCGCUGCCCUUAACACAAGCCAGAGGUCCAACAGACCUAGUCAAGAUAAAACUGAAAUAUGCAUGUACUUCAUCAAGGGCAGUUGCAAACAUGGUGAUAAGUGCUUUAAAGCCCACUCUACCAUGCCCUACAAAUGGGAGGUGAGGGAGGGACUAAACUGGACAGCUCUACAAGACAACGAGGUGAUUGAGAAGGACUAUUGCGACCCAGCAAAGACAUACAGUCGGGGAGUCCAGCCUGUGUGUUUCGAUACGAUGACCUGCGGUCUGAACAAAGCCCGGCGUCUCUCCACCAUCUCCUCUGUGCUACAGCCUACCUUCAUCCUCACCACGGAGUGGGCCUGGUUCUGGGAGGACGAGUUUGGAAGCUGGAUCCAGUACGCAUCAGCAAGCGGUCGACACAUGGCAGCUACCAUCACCAGUGAAGACCUGGAGAAGAGGUUCCAGGAAGACAACAAGGCUGUGAUAGAGUUCACCGCGGGGUCACAGACCUAUGAACUCAGUUUCCCUGACAUGAUUCAAACAAACAAGCAGUACACCACCAAGAAGGUUGUGAGAAGACGGCCUGUGUUUGUCUCUUCGGCUGAUGCACAAACUAUCAAAACCAGAAAAAGGGCUCCGAGCAAUCACUCAAAUUUCCGAGCUUUACCAGGACACUGGGAUAAGGCACAAACUCCUGAAACAGGAUACAAGAGAGUCGACCUUCCGUGCUCGUCAGUGGAGUUUAAGGAGAUUCAAGGGCUUUUUCAGAACACCAUGAGAGGCUUCAGCAUCCACCAAAUCGAGAGGAUUCAGAACAAAGCCCUUUGGGAAGUCUUUCAGUGGCAAAGGGAUCUCAUGAAGAAGAACAACAGAGGGAGGAAUGUGACGGAGAAACAGCUUUUCCAUGGCACAGACUCCAAAUACCUGGAUGCCAUCUGCCUUAACAACUUUGACUGGCGGAUCUGUGGACUAAACGGAACAUCCUUCGGGAAAGGGAGUUACUUUGCCAGGGAUGCCAAAUACUCCAACAGCUACACUGGCAAAUUAAAUACGAGGUCCAUGUUUGUCUGUCGUGUGUUGGCGGGAGAUUACAUCAAAGGGCACUCGAGCUACCUCCGGCCCCCCUCGAAGGACGGAGGGGACACCAUCUUCUACGACAGCUGUGUGGAUGACGUCAGCAACCCCUCCAUCUUUGUGGUGUUUGAGAAGCACCAAGUGUACCCAGAGUACCUCAUCCAUUAUGGUGAGGACGACACAUGGUCACAAGUCUACCAGCAAUACUCCCGUCCAGCUCCUGUACCUGCUCCAGCACCAGCAUACAGACCAGCGGCUGCCACAGCGCCUAGACCAGCACCAGCAUACAGACCAGCGGCUUCCACAGCGCCUAGACCAGCACCAGCAUAUAGACCAGCGGCUGCCACAGCGCCUAGACCUGCACCAACAUACUCACCAUUACCAACCCCUCCACCUAAACCUGACAACUCCUGUGUCAUUAGUUGAGGCUGACUGCGAGGGGUGAAUUGUGAACCUUUUGAUAUUAAACUGAGGCAAAAACAUAUGCUUUUGUGAAUUACAGAAAUGGAUUUAGCACUCUUAAAUGUGUUUGACAAAUUACAGAUAAUCUUGGGAUGCACCUUACUAUGAUUACUAGAUGUGCUAUUAUCUGUUUUCUACAAUGCAAACAUUUUUGUAGUGCUACUGACUUUAUAUAAUGGCAAAUUGUGCCCCUCACAACAUGAAAAGUUGUGUACAUUAUACGCUUUAUACCUUUGCAGUACUUUUACAGUAUCUGCUGAUGUGCAUCAGUUCAAUGGUUGUACAAUUAUGGGUUUCAUUCAUUUUAUUAAUAUAAUCCAUCUGUUUUCUUUGCAUUGAUGGGUUCUGACUUCUAAACUUGAAAAUAUGAAAUAUCCUUAUUCAUGUCACUGAGGGAGGGAGGGAAAUGCAGAAUGUUUACAUUCUGUCAGACAUGGUUAGACAUCAGGUAUCCUAUGGAAAGGAGAAAGGCCACAGUCUGGUACAAGUCAACAAGACAGCCGUGAGUUGGGGAGAAGUGAGGAAUUUGGGCUGAGGUCAGGUCAGAUGAAGUGAGGAAAGAACAGGAAUGACUAAUGUCCUGUCUAGCAACAGAGAUCUAUUGGCUGUCCAGAUGUGUAAGGAUGAGACUCAGCAUAGGAGGAAGGUUUAAAUACCAGUGCUUGUGUAAAUAUGUCUUUGUCUAUCAGUUGUUUGACCCAUUGGGUGAAUAAACUUGAUUUGAGCUUUA